CUGGUGAACUAGGUAGCCAAGUGAUGGAUCUGUCGUCGAUGGUGCCGGUGUCGUCGCAGUCCUACGGGAAGGCGGUGGACGCCUACAAGAAGGCCGUGGCCGCUGCGGCGACGGUGACCGCGUACUCCGUGCUGGCGCGCGGUAUGGCGCGGGAGCUACUACCGGACGAGUUGCGCGCCGCGGCGAGGUGGGCCGCGUCCCUCCUGUUGCGCGGCCGGCCCCACGCGGCGCCGGAGCACCGCACCAUCGUCAUCAAGCAGCGCGAGGAAGAAAGCCGCUUCGACAACGGGUUCUAUGCGGACGCGCGCGCGUACCUGGCCACCAGGAUCGACCCACACGCCAUGAGUCGGAUAUGCCUCAGCCGCCGCGGCGGAGGCAACGGCGACGAUGGAGGUGGCGGCGGCGGGCAGGUCCUGUCCAUGGAGGUCGGUGGCUCGAUGACCGACGUCUUCGAGGGCGUGGAGUUCACGUGGGAGUCUGUCAAGCCGGCGUCGGACGGCCGCUUCAGGGAUGCGUCGCUGGAGCUCAGCUUCGACGCGGAGCACACGGACAUGGCGCUUGGCAGAUACAUCCCUUUCAUAACGGCGAAGGUGGAGGAGGCGCGGCAGCGGGAGCGCGCCCUCAAGAUCUUCUCGAGCGAGACGGGGUCGUGGCGCGGCAGCAGCCACCAGCACCCGGCCACGUUCGACACGCUCGCCAUGGACCCGGAGCUGAAGCAGUCCGUCCUCGCCGACCUCGAUCGGUUCUUGGAGCGCAAGGACUACUACCGGCGGAUCGGCAAGGCGUGGAAGCGCGGGUACCUGCUCUACGGCCCACCGGGCACCGGCAAGUCGAGCCUUGUCGCCGCCAUAGCAAACUACCUCCGCUUCAACCUCUACGACCUCGACCUCUCCGCGGUACACUCAAACUCGACGCUGCAGUGGCUGCUCACCUCCAUGCCCAACAAGUCCAUCCUCGUCAUCGAGGACAUCGACUGCUGCUUCGACGCCGCGUCGAGGGAAGACGGCUACGGCAAGAACCGAAAGGCGUCGGAGCGGGAAGACGGCCUCGACACGGAUUACUCGUCUGACUCCUCAGACGACGGCCCACAGGGUAAAAUGUACCGCCGGUCGGGAGCCGACCACCAGCAGAACAUAACUCUGUCCGGGCUGCUCAACUUCAUCGACGGGCUGUGGUCGACGAGCGGCGAGGAGCGCAUCUUCGUCUUCACCACCAACUAUAAGGACCGCCUCGACCCGGCACUGCUGCGGCCGGGCCGCAUGGACAUGCACGUCUACAUGGGCUACUGCGGCUGGGAGGCGUUCAGGACGCUAGCACGGAACUACUUCCUCGUCGUGGACCACCCGCUGUUCCUGGAGAUCGAAGAAGUGCUCACGGAGGUGGAGGUGACACCGGCAGAGGUGUCGGAAAUGCUGCUGCGGAGCGAGGACGUCGACGUGGCGCUCCGGGUGCUUUCAGAUUUCCUGCGGGAGAAGAGACGGAGGACAAGGAAAGAAGAAACAGAGGACAAGAACGACAUUAGAAUUUCUGGAGGAGAUCGAGUGGUUAGAAUUUAGACAUGAGAAUGAAUUACUACGUACGCAUUAAGGAAUAAUCAAGUCUUUCCAUUGUUGCCUUUUGUGUUGCUGGCCGGCUGAGCAGGA